CGUCUCUUCCGCCCAAGCCAAACUGCUUACCCAGUAAGCAAAAGCACGCGCAUUUAAACGGACACAAUUGACCGGCGACACUCCCCCAACUCUAUUCCCAUCCUCAGUUCCGCAAGACCGGCCGCGCUCUCACCGCGGCGGAUUACACCGCGGGCGGCGGCGGCGGCGACCGAUGGGGAAGAUGGCGAGGCUGGUCGACGGCAUCAAGGCGACGCUGCGCAACAAGAUUAAGAAGAAGCAGGACGACGAGGGCGCGGCGCCGCCGUACUCGGCGUGCUACGACAAGGUGGGCAAGACGGAGAGCAUGAGGGUGGAGAUCAGGAGCCGCCGCGCGCAGCAGCUCAUCGCCAAGAACCUCGCCGCCGCCGACUCCAAGAGGAAGACAAAGAAGCGCUUCUUCGCCUUCUGAUCUGUAUACUCCUGUAGUGCUGUGCACCGAAGACGGAAAAGCUCUCUCGAUGCAUGCCCGCCCUGCCAGGAACGUACGGUCGCGCUCCGUUAAUCUCCAUUAAUUUGAUUCCCUGCUUGCUGUUCUUUAUGUGAGGCAAAACUUGGUUACCUUCCUUUUUUGAUGGGCAAACAUGAUUAUCCGUUUGGAGAUUACCA